AUGCGCAUCGAUUCUCCGCCUCGGUCACCUUCCAUAUUGCCAAUUUCCCCCCGCCAAUCGCCACCGAAAAUUGUGAGCCUGAGUAGUGACGAAGCAGGAAACCUCUCUAUCCCCAAUAUCACUACUUCUGGCGGUAUGAUUCACAGUGCGCAUCCAAUUUCUCCUUUUCUGUCUGAGAUACGACAACCUGUUAGUGGCCCCUUCCGCAUGGGUUAUUCUGAGCUAUCGGGAACAGGCAAUCAUCACCCACAACGCGACUCUCAGGCUCCCACUCAAAUCAUGAUAACCUCCGCCCCUGGUCCUGGCCGUAAGAAACUCGUCGCGGCCAAAGCAAAUGGAUCCCAUGGCCAUGCAAUUCAACUUGAUCCGUCAGCUGAAUGCAAAAUUUGUUGA